GCUGCACAAACACAUUGUGAUGGCCGCAAAGCCGAGGCCGAGACAAUUUUUUUACCCACACAUCGAUUGAAUCCGGCCAAUAAUCACCCGUUCUGAAUAAUUGAUUUAGUGGACAACGACGCGACUCGGUCAAAGACGAGUUCGCCAAGGAACGAGCCAUCAUGAAUGACUUGGAUGAGCGUGGCUGGAGCCACAUUCACAACGCAGCCUACCAUGGCUACAUCAAAUCCAUACAGAGGUUUGUAGCAGCGAGUGAGGACCAGCUGGAGUUUCCGACCAACGACGAUCGUCUCAUGACUCCGCUCCUACUGGCUGUCGACAACAAUAAACUGGACACUGUUCAGUGUCUUGUUGAACUCGGCUCAGAUCUGAGGUAUGUGAACGCGCAGAAUCUCAGCGUAGUUGAGCUGUCGAGUAUGAAGCAGAAUGUGGAGAUAAUGUUGUACUUUAUUAAGAUGGACCAUCCAGAUCUACCUGUGUGGAACAGGUUGAUCAAGUUUGCUUCGUCGGAUAACGACGAGGAGGCCGAGUCAGCUGGUAAAAUGUUGAUCAAACUGACUGAACCUGGUCCAGAUGGCACCCUCAGUCCAAACUGGGAGGCCGUCGUUGACCAAGAGUGUAUUCCUUCCACAAUGAAGAUCAUGAAGUCCUUUGUGUCAAACUCUGCCAAGUUGUACAUGUACACAGUGCUCCUGAACAUCAUCCAGUCGCAGAAGGCUAAAGAACAAAUUGUGAAGGAAAGUGGUAUACCUAUGUCGCUGGAACUGUUUAAGAGUACCUCAAGGGAACUGAUACUAGCUGGUGCCAAGAUGCUGUGCCACCUUUCCAAAGUCCGAGAGUAUGUAGACCCAAUGGUACAACACGGAGCUAUCCCUGUGCUGAUCAAAAUCUGGCAGACGAGCAGCGAUCAGGAUUUGUUGGUUCAAGUGACAGACACUCUAUCUGAGAUCGCAGCUGCUAGCCCUGAGCACAGACAAACCGUAGGGAGCACUACAGACAGCAUGCGAGCUUUAGUGGGUUUGUUUGAGUCUUGCAUAACCAAAGAAACCAAGCAGCCGCGUGCACUCCUCAUGGCUCUCACUGUUGCAGUUCAAAAAAUUGUCCAGGAUGAGCAAUCCAAUCAGAAUAGUUUCGUUGACGAGGGUGGAUCCUCAGCUUUGAUCACCCUUGCAAGUGCAAAGAAUAGAGAACUGCAACUGAGCGCUAUAACAGCAAUCCAUUUAUUAGCCAAAGACAAUCCGCACACACAAAAGAUCAUCUUGGAAGAGGGUGGAGUCAUCCCGUUGAUGACGCUCUUGAAGAGGAGCAGCGUCCCCAAAGUUCAAGUCUGUACAGCCAGUGCUCUCUGGGCGCUAGCUGGAGAAAAUGUCGACGAGCAACGCACGAUGGCAGGUAUGAUUGGAGUUGUACAGCUAAUUGACUUCCUGAAUGCACAGGUUGAGUUUGACAUCCUACAUUACAUCGGAGCGGAAGGACUUGCGGUUCUCGCACGGGGACCGCACAACAAGCAGAACGUCAUCGCGCAGGCAAACGGCGUCCAGCCCUUAGUACGCCUUCUUCGCUCGCCCAAGGAGCACAUUGUCUUGAGCUCCAUACGUGCUUUGAGGCACUUGUGUGUCGGGAUCGGUUACAUUCCACACAAGGAGAAUCAAGACACAGUUCUCAACUCCAGAGGAAUCCGAUACCUAGUUGCCCUGAUGGUCCACUCCCGUAAUGAGCUCAUCAGAGUUGAAUCGGCACUUACACUUGGCUGCUGCUCAAUCGGCAACCCUAAUGUGAUGGAUGACAUUUCUGACAACAUGGACUUCAACUUUGUACACAUUCUACGUCUCCUGUAUUCCAAGGAUGACCUUGUGAGGUUACUGGCUGGCUCCGCACUGGCCGCUUUUGCUUUCAACAACACCACUCAGCAGCAUGAAAUCGCCGACUCUGGCGGAGUACGCUACCACUGUUUUGUCUCGUUCCUUGAGUCGGAUGACGAGUUCUACAGAUGUAAUGCAGCUUUCCAGGUUGUAGUUUUGGCGCGUAUCGUCCCAGAUGAAGAGCAAGCUUCGUCCUCUGCAGUUGGCAUCAAACUCAUCGUUGAUCUCCUAGAAACGUCCAAGAAUGAAUCCAUCCAAGCGCUGGCAUCUGACUGUCUUGCUAGAUUGGCACACACAAGAGCAGGUGUUCCAGCUGCAAUCAUUUCUAUCAAUGCAAUUCAUCAGCUCUGUAGAUUCAUGCUGUCAGAAGAUGAGCAAGUUAGGGGGUCAGCCGCCAUUGCACUGGGCUACCUAAGCUUCAAUCAUAAAGCGGAGAGGGAGCUCUUGAACAAGUGUCGACAGGAUCCGUACUUGUUUAAGGUUCUUGAGUAUUACACUUCUAACUAUCGCCUGGCAGGUCCUUUCUUAGAUGCUUGGAAGCACUACAAACACAUCGGCCUCCCUCAGAUUGAUACAUCGCAGAGACCUUGUCUGGUAGCCAAGAAGAAUGUCCCAUACUUGAACAACAUCAAGAAUCCAAACAUGCGUCAGUACACGAUACUGAGUUUUGGGGAGAAUGGCUUGAAUCCCCAACUAAGUUCUCCAACGAACCAAAUGAGUUCUAACUACCAUGACGACGCCACUGUGGUGACAGAGAGUCACGGGCCUCGGCAGGGUAGCAGCCACCAGUCGACCCACUCCCGGAUGAGUAGACACCGGGGUGUAAGUCAUCCGUCCACGGCAAGGAGCCGCAUCUCUUCACAUAAGUCGACGGUUGUAUUUCAGACCGAUGAAACGUGAUAGUGACCCAAAAAUCAAACUUGUAAUUAUAUUCAGGGUAUGUACUUAUAUGGAAGCAAAGGGUCAUGUAGAUUUAUUUGUUGAUAAACUAUUUUGAAUCUUCUUACUGCUUUAAAACGAAGUCUUUUAUUCCUAACGAGGGUGUUUUUUUUCUCUCAUCCAAUUUAGCUCAAAUUUCCACAGGCUUGU